GUCAAGCACUCCUUAGCAUCCUCUAGUGAUAUCAGACUGGGUACUAAAGACGUAGAAGGUCGGAUUUCUGCUUGAUUAUAGCUUAUCUGAAGUCACAGUCGUUCUGCUUCCAUUCGUGGCUGUCUUGCUUCGUCAGCCAGGUUGACUCGAAGAGCGUGAAAGAAAACUUCGAGCGGCAAACUCUCACACACCACUGUAGAGAACCGGAAUUCCAUUAUCAAGAGCAAGGCGCUCGACCUAAAGAGCUCAUCAAAGCGUACCUUCCUGAAGUUAUCAUCUGGGGAUCCAAGAAAGCAGACCGCAACCAAAUUUAUCAAGUAACCGACCACAUUCGAAGAGAAGACACAUCUGAGACUCUGGGACCUGAAAAGCCUUAAUCCCCAUCAUCCAACUUCGAACACCAACUUGAAUACAUCAAGACUGAAAUUACAAGCUUGAUUAAAGAACCCAACUAUGGCUCCCCCCAUAAACGACGACCCCUUCGACUCCCUCCUCACCCUCGAGGACACACUGUACACCACAGCGCACUCUCAAGGCGUCGCAGACGGCGCGCGAGCCGGCCGGAUCGAAGGCCGGAUCUUCGGUCUGGAGAAGGGGUUCGAGAAGUUCUCAGCCUUGGGCGCGCUGCACGGGCGAGGAGCAGUAUGGGGCGGGCGGCUGGCAAGUUCGUCGCACUCACUACAGCCAGCCUUGACAGCAUCGUCGAGCGCUACAGAUACACCACCAUCGAAUCCCGCUGCACAGCCUCCCCGCCUGCCGGCGCUGCAAACGCCCUCUGCGCGCCUCGUCUCCAACACAACACUCCUCUACCACCUAACCGACCCGUCGACAUUCAGCACAUCCAACACCGAAGCCGCGGUCGCAGACUACGACGACCGCUUCAAGCGCGCGGGUGCGAAGGCGAAGGUGAUCGAGCGGAUUGUAGAAGAAUCCCCGGCUGUCAGGGAGAGCACACCACGCGCGGGGAAGAGUCUAAGGGUGCACGGCGAAGCGGCGAAGCGGGGCGGCAAAGGUGAUGAUAGUAUGGAGGAUUUCGUGGGGUCGCGGUUGAUAGGCUGAGGAAAUGUAGUGCUAGGUCUUGAUCUAGCGUCUACACUUGUAAAUGCUUAUUAAAAGGUAACGACCGCAUGGAAGAUUUCACAGUGUCACACUUAACAGCCAAAGAAAUAUAGUACCAAGCCUCAUUCUAGCAUUUGCAUCAGAGCAAUGGAGAGAUUCAGUAGCGUGCAUGUGCUAGCGUUGGGACUACAUCAGUGCCUGAGCAUGAAGCGCGACUCAGCUCGAUGGGUCGGCGCGGGCCGCAAACCCUGGGUACCAGUAUAGUAAGCCAUUGAUCAGGGACAGGAAAUACCAAGUGCUGCACUUAUGAUAGAAGCCAGCUUGCAUUGCA